AUGUCGGGCAUGACCAACCCGCAUCCCAGCCCGAACGAAGAAUAUGCCGAAUAUCCUCUCCCGACAAUUUCUCCUCGCCUGAGUUUCGAGCGUGAGGAGGAUGCCGAGCCGACCGUCAACCAAUACGAUGCGGGCUUAGAGCCACCGCCCACCAGCCGCAACAGAUCCCAUCGCGUGCGAUUUCGCUCCAUGAGUCUACGUCGAAAUGAUUCCCAAGAUAUCUCAGAUCCCUCCGCCCGUCCACUGUUACUGCCCGCAGACCUCAACGAAGUCCCGCUGUCCGGCGCUAUCACCCCGCCAGCCCCCACACAUUCCCGCCAGGGCUCCGGCCUCGCCAACGUACGCACCCCCGACCAGUUCCCGGAGUCGGAGAAACGCGAUUUCGCCGAAGAUGUUGGACGUACAACCUCGACCCGUGAACGGUUCAGGGCUGCUGGUCAGCUCUUGCGCCAAAAGACCCACCACCUGACCGAGCGCCUCGGUCGCCCCGCGGAUGAAGGCGAGGCGCUUAAUUCCUCAUACAUUCCAGAUGACUUCGAGGGCGGGAUCCCACUGGAUGAGCUGCGGUCUCGCCGUGCGCGACAUGAUGCCGACCAACUCCACGCAUUGGAGAGCGGGGAGCCUCUCAUCGAGCCCCAUGCCAGUGCGGAGGCCCAUCGCCUUGUCCGCAGCAUGACCGCCGUCCAGGAUCAUCUGCGGAAGCGGAAGCCCCGGGGCGCAUACCAGCGAUCGGGUCAGACAACUCCCGAGCGUUUGCUCAAGGGCUUUGCGGAGCGUCGGCGAUCGAGCGGAUUUGGGGGUGGCAGUGGCAUCCUGUCUCAGUUACUCAAACUCCAGGCCGCUCAGGGGAGCUCGUCGCGCCCGGAAAGUGUGAUCACCGAUGAUUCGGACAGCGAGACACAGGUGUCUUCGGGGGUUUCCACCCCGAAGAAGGGUUCCCUUUCCCCUACCAUGCCGAUGUCCCUGCCAGCUUCUGGCAGUGCUACCCCCCGCAAGGAGAAGCUCAAGUGGUACAAGAAAUCGGCCCAUCGGUCCACCUCCUCGUUGGUCAACGCGUCGAUGAACCUGAGUACUGCCAGUCUGCCGGCCGCGGCGGAGGCUGCACCUGGACUGCCGGGGAAACGGAAGAAGAAGCGCAAGACCCGUUUGGAGGACGAGAUCCGUGUCACGGUGCAUAUCGCAGAGAUCAUCGCCCGCCAGCGGUAUAUCAUGCAGUUGUGCCGUGCGCUCAUGCGAUACGGUGCGCCGACCCAUCGUUUGGAGGAGUAUAUGCAAAUGACCGCCAAAGUCCUGGAGGUGUCGGGCCAAUUCUUGUAUUUGCCCGGUUGUAUGAUCAUGUCCUUUGAUGAUCCGACCACCCGCACUGCCGAAGUCAAGCUCGUGCGAAUGAUGCAAGGUGUCGACCUCGGUCGCCUGGCCGAUACUCACAACGUUUACAAGAAUGUUGUCCACGAUCUUAUCGGUGUCGAGGAAGCGACUCAUGAGUUGGACGAAAUUAUGCAGCGCAAACCGCGGUUUAAUAAGUGGUUCCUCGUCUUGAUGUACGGCUUCGCUAGUUCCACUGUUGGGCCGUUCGCUUUCAAAGCGCGCCCCAUCGAUAUGCCUAUAAUAUUCUGUCUCGGGUGUAUCGUCGGACUGAUGCAGCAUGUUCUUGCGCCCCGCUCUACCCUCUACUCUAACGUGUUCGAGGUUACCGCUGCUGUGGUGACUUCGUUCCUGGCACGUGCGUUUGGCAGUAUCCGAGUUAACCGCGGUGGUGAAUCGGUCGAACUCUUCUGCUUCUCCGCUAUGGCCCAGUCGUCCAUCGCUUUGAUCCUGCCUGGAUUCAUGGUUCUCUGUAGCAGUCUCGAACUGCAAUCGCACCAGAUGAUAGCGGGUUCGAUUCGCAUGGUAUAUGCCAUUAUCUAUUCGCUUUUCUUGGGCUAUGGUAUCACGGUCGGGACUACUAUAUACGGGCUGAUGGAUCCCCACGCUUCAUCGGCAUCGACGUGUUCAGGGCUGGAUGUUUGGGGGUCGGUUUACGUUCGCCAAUUCCUGUUCGUGGCUGUCUACGCCGUUUUCCUGGCCAUUGUCAACCAUGGGAAAUGGAAGCAGAUGCCUGUCAUGGUCUGCAUCGCCGUCUCCGGGUAUAUUGCCAACUAUUUCAGCACCACCAAGCUCGGCAACCAAUCUGAAGUCGCCAACACCGUCGGCGCAUUUACUAUUGGCGUCCUAGGCAAUCUCUACAGUCGUCUCUGGCACGGUCAUGCUGCUACUGCCAUUCUACCCGGUAUAUUUGUACUGGUUCCCUCUGGGCUCGCCUCUAGCGGGUCUCUGAUCGCUGGUAUCAGAUAUGCCGACGAGGUUCGCCAAAAUCUCAAGAACAAUGGCACCAGCGCUGCUUCUGGUGCUCUUUCUGAAACCUCAGUUGCUAGCCUUGGUUUCGGCAUGAUCCAAGUCGCGAUCGGUAUCACCGUCGGCCUGUUCAUCGCGGCUUUGGUUGUCUACCCAUACGGCAAAAAGCGCACUGGUCUCUUCAGCUUCUAG